AUGUCACAUUUUGGUAAAAGUGGACAUAGGAGGUUCAGCAGUAGUGGGAACAAACCAGAUUCGAGGCAUGUAUCAGCUCAUCAUAGAGUACCACCACCAAGGCCUCCCCGCCCGACUACUCCAAUUACGAAUGCAACCCCGAACGUCCUAUCACCGGAAUCAGGUCAAUCAAGCGCAGGUUCGAGGGGUUCGCACAGGCAAAGCCUCAGCAAUCCAAUAGGUAAAUCUAAAAUGACUGAAACAUUGGUCUACCACCUAUUUUUUGAUCGAAUAUUACCAGUGCUACCGGUUGAAUCUACAUUAACGACUUAUAGAGAAGUAGAGAGCGAUCAGUUUUUCAUUUCAUGCAGGGGCGUGAUUAUGAAUGUAGCCUUAUCCAGAGAUUUGAAUCCUGUCAUCGAUUAUUCAUUACAACUCAUAGAAUCUCUGACCGAAAGUAGAGAACUAAUAUCGGAUGAAAUUAAUGAGGAUGUUGCGCAGUCUGUAUUGGUCCUCCUUAGACUUUUAAGUGAUACGUUGGAAUUUUGCUGGGAAUCUAAGGAAAGUCCAGAAGAUAAAGUUAAAGAUGAGCCAAGUUUUGAGAAUAUACCAAUAGAUGAUAACAAAGAGUAUGUGAAUAUGGGGGAACAGGCGAGAGCUGGUAAUAUGUUUACAGGAUCUACUAUCGGUUACUCGACACAUAAACCAGGCUUUCACAGAGUUCCACCUCCACAAAUUGAUUCUACCUUGGCUACAAGAUUGCUAAGUGUAUGUACGAGGUUAAAAUAUAACACAAGAACACUAAGAGUAUUAAAAAACAUGUCCAAAAAUUUGUAUGGCAAUGGUACAAUAACUUAUUCCAGCGUCUUACCAAAAUUCCAAGCUUGGUUGAAAUACCAUAACUACCCUAAAUAUACAGAAACUGUUGAUUUAACAAUUGACUACAUUCUAAGAUUCAUAGCUGCUGCAAAUCCAGCAGAUUAUGAUAAAUAUGUAGACUCUAAAGUGACGAAUCCACUUUUGAUAUCACAUACAUUAACGGAGCUAGGCAUAGUAAAGUACCUUGAUUUCUUUGGAUGUGUAUUUUUAACGCCAGAAAAUGUGGGCCCAUUUUUGGAGACACUGCGACAUCUAUCAGGAUUUAUGAAACGAACAAUUUUUCACUCGUUACUGUUGUAUUAUUCUUCUAAGGCAUUUUUAUUUUGGAUUUUAUCAAGACCUAAUGAAUAUGUCCAACUAUAUUACGCCUUACAAAAUCUGGACAGCUCCAAAUCGAAUACCUUCCACCAAGGGAACAGCAAUAGUUCCAUAGCGACGAUUCCUUACUGUGUUUCAGUAUUAUUCGAUGAUAUUUAUUCUACAUUCAAUGUCUCAUCAUUAUUGACUAAUAUAUACGACACGAGGGGCCAUAACGGAUCAACAACACAGCCAGUUGAAACAGAACAAAGCCAAGCCACAUCUCCAGGAAGUACAAAUCCGGUAUUAUUUUCCCCUACACUGACUAGUAACGACGGCAUUAUAACAUCCCCUACAAUGGGUAGUAAUCAAAUCGCGUCCCCUUUAUCACCACUCCCAAUGUCACUAGAUUUUAAUUCUAGGACACAAGCGCAAGGAUUUCCAUUAGAAGAAACAGCCUCUAUACAUUCUAGUAAAAGGUCAUACAACAUCGACGAAUCCGUUUACAGUACUAUGGGUUCGACACAUUCAAAUAUUAAUACUCCGACAACAAAUGCUAGUUUCACACAUCCCAACGAGGAUGAAAUACCGACGUCUGGUUCAGGACAUUUACAGUAUGUGUUGGAGCUAUUCUCAAACUAUGAAGAAACAGAACUAUCUUCCCAUACUUCUAUUCUAAGGUUUUUACUUUCACUAAUACUGUUGGAUACGGAUGUCUUUACUGAUAUUAAUGCCAUGACUUUCAGGUAUAUUCCUGAUACUUCGAAAAUUAUACAACAAUACUCACAAAAACAAGGAACUAGAGAUGCAGGUGCUGGUACACAUAUGCAAAAUGAUGAUCCUUCAAAAGAAAAAGAAAAAAAUCAGAGUAUAAAACAGAUUACUCAUGGCUUAAAGAAAUUAACUAACCUAUCCUCAUCCAAAAAGAAGACAGUAAAGUUUAUAACAAUGCUGAUAAGGAAUUUAAAUGGUGCACAAAUGGUUUCUGAUGUCUCACUAGUAGAUUCGCUUAAAACAUUAGUUGCUUUGGUUACAUUAACCUCCUCUAUUUCGUUAAUUGAUUCAAAUCUGCCUUCGGUUUUGUUUGCCAAGAGAAUAUUUUCUAUCCUUGGACAUAAUCUAGAUGUAGGGAAAAAUUGGGAGUCUAAGACGAAUGGCUUUAUUGCAUCUUGUACUGAAAGAAAUCCAAUUAGCCAUAGGAGACUUCAACUAGAAUUUUUUGCAGCAGCAAUACAACUAGAUUCUGAUAAGCUUCUUUCUCAUAUUCACCUGGAAAGGGAACUGGCCGGUUUAAAUCUAAGGAGACUCCUUCUAUAUACUGAAGGUUUUAAAGUGUUUUUUAAUUUACUAAGUUCUGAUGUUUUACGGAAGAAAGUAGCACUAUCAAGUAGCAAUUUUUUAAAAUCCUUGUUUUGCAUUAUUGCAGACAUUUUACUGAAAGCUUUCCCAUACUUUGAUGCAAAGGUAACAUCUAUUGUUUCAUCAAUUUUAGAUGGCUCCAUUUUAGAGAAAUAUGAUACCAUAAAGACGCUAGCAGGUUUAGAACCUUCUAAUCCACCUGUUCUAGAUAGGACUGAUUCAAGCGUUAAGUUGAAACUUCAGAAGAAAAUCACAAAUUGGGAUGUGCACGAAGUUUUACCUACCUUGUCUGCUGUAUCAUCAUCAUCUGAUAUAAAUCUUUCUGAUACUGGUAAGAGCAUUGCAGAAUCUACAGAACGGAGAUCAAACACCUCAACGCCUGCCCACACCUCAACGCCCGCAAAUCUAACUCAUAAUCCGUUAUCUACAAUUGCUUCACCACCCUCGACACCAGGUUCAAUUGGUAAUUACAGGAAUAAUCCAGGAAUGAACGUAUUAAGUCCACAUGCACGUAGGCUUCAAAAUGUAAAGAUUGAUUCUCCACAAGUAGAGGGUGAAAGAACUCGACAAAGCCCGUAUUAUUUUGGAGCAACUAGUACAGGUGAAUAUUCAAACCAAUCCGUUUCACAUUCAUCGUUACCAAAAACCACUCGAUCUUCAGGAAGUCAAGAGAAAUCCAGGAGAUCAUCGGAUGAUAAAAAUAAACCACAACUAAAAAUGCAAGACUCUGAUGAUGUAAUUGUAUUGAAAACGAAUGAGAAUGAUGACGCCCGCAGGAUUAUGAUUAAUAUUUUCAGCAUUUUUAAAAAAAUGACUAAUUACUUUAUCCUCCCUCAUGAUCAGAAUCUAAACACUAUUUGGGUUUCUAAAGAUUUCAGAAACAUCAUGAAACCAAUCUUUGUUGCCAUAAUUGACACAGAUACUAGACUACAAACUACAGCACAAUCAUUUAUGGAUGUACUAAUAAGAUACAUAUCGAAAUUCUCAAGUGAUAUCACUGCCAGAAGCUUGAACGAGCACUACUUGUUAUGCAACUACACAAUUACAUUAUUUGCCGCUUCACUUUUUGAUCUAAAACUUGAUAAUAAAAAGAGAGAGAUAAUUUUAAGGAUUGUAGUAAAGUUUUUGAACGUGAAAUCUGAUUUAUCAAGAAUAGCGGCUCAAAAAGAUCUUCAAUAUGCACUUUAUUCUACUGAGCUUGUAACAUUCCCGUUGUUGACAGCUACUGUUGGAGGAGGGCUAUUUAUCUCCUUAUACUGCAAUAAAGGAGAAAUUCCAAGAUUAUUAAAAAAGGGUUUUGGGGAGUUUUUGUUUGCUAUCAACUGCUAUGAGAAACAUGUCGGGGAAAUUGAUAGGACUUGUAUAUACAACCUUGGAUUUAUUGUUGCUAUGUCAAGGGAUAAUUAUGCCGCAUCUGGAUCGGUCGCAUUUCAGAGACGUUUAAGAAAUAAAAUCUUACAUCACAUCAAAAGACCAGACACUAUUCUUCUUGAUGCCAUGGAUGUUAUUUACCGAAAGUGGUCUAGUUAUAUGAGGAAAGAAAACAUAACUCAGGAAGAACUAAUAGAUUUUAGAAGCUUGGCUGGUAUACUGGCCAGUAUGUCAGGUAUAUUGCUUUCUUUUGGAGAAACAAGCACAGAUAACGUCCCUCAUUUAUUUGAAUUCAGAGGGGACCUUAUCAAAAAAAUGGAUUACUUUGUUUUUAAGCAAUGCCAGUGGCUGAAUAAUCCUGAUUUGCUUACCCGAGAGAACUCUAGAGAUAUUCUAAGCAUGGAACUACAUCCCUUAUCAUUUAAUAUUCUGUUUGAUAACCUAAGAAUUAAGAUUGAGGAAUUAAGAUCCGUAAAUCUUUCACAAAAAGUUCAUGAAUCUUCAUUUGUUUUACUAGAGCAAAUCAUAACUAUUGUCAGAACUGUCCUGAAUAGGGAUGAUGAUGAACGCAUCAUGCUUUUGUUUUCUAUUAGAGUUGUAUCAACCAUUGAUCAAUUGAGUGAUCUAGUUGAAAAAAUACCUCAUAGCUCUGUGAAAUACUAUAAAGCCAUUAUUCAGAUGGCUAAAUUAUUUAGAGCAAUCCAGCAUUCUGAAAUUAGUCUAGGGAUAAAGAACCACUUUUACCUGAAGAAUAAAUGGUUGAAAUUACUUACAAACUGGUUUAAGGUUACUAUUUCUAUUGAUUACGAUUUUGAUAAUCUGUCCAAACCUCUAAGGGAAAUGGAUUUAAAGAAAAGAGAUCUCGACUUCCUGUACAUUGAUACUGCUAUCGAAACAUCUAAAGCUGUUGCGUACUUAACCGAAAAUGUGCCACUGGAUAUUCCACCUUCUGCCUCCAAGGACGAACUUGAGAGAGCAAGUACAAUAGUGUUUGGUAACUACUUUACCAUAUUCUUAAAGGGUCUAGAGAAGAGUACCGAUAUUCAGAGAUUCCCAGUAUCCCUCAAACACAAAAUAACUAUCUUAAAUGAAAAUGUCAUUUUAUCAUUGACGAACCUUUCAAAUGCUAACGUAGAUGCUAGUUUGCAAUUCACAUUACCGAUGGGUUACUCUAAAGACAAGAACAUAAGAAUUGCAUUUUUGAAAGUUUUCAUUAACAUUGUGACAAACUACCCGAAAUUAAAAGUUGAAUCAGAGCGGAAGAAGCUUUAUGCAGUAGAUCAACUGGUUCAAUACCUCAUUGAACAUCCACAUUUGGCUUUCCAAGCAGGUAUAAUAUGUCCUGCCAGUGAUGUAGAUGCUUUUGUCGCUGGACUGGUCAAUGGUUUUGAUUCUAGAAAUGCUUCACACAUAUUGGUGACACAAUUGAUUAAAGAUGAAAUAGAUAGGGCGUCGAGAUAUGCCGAUGUCUUGAGAAGAAAUAGCUGUGCAACUAGGGCACUUUCUUUGUAUGCCAGAUCUAAGGGACAAAGCUAUCUGGUGAGAACCUUGAAACCUGUUUUGGAUGAAUUUUUCGAAAGUCGUGAUAGCUUUGAGAUAGAAAAGAUACUACCCGAUGAUCCAGAGGCAGAAAAGAACGUCGACAUGUUUAUACACUACAUGAGCAAGUUGAUUAAUGCUAUAACAGAAUCUGUGGAUUACUUUCCACCAGAAUUAAUUAAUAUCUGCCAAACUAUCUUUCAUUCGGUAAAGGAAAAAUUCCCUGAUUAUUCAUUCAUUGCUGUUGGGUCCUUCGUAUUUUUGAGAUUUUUAGGCCCUGCUAUAGUCAGUCCUGAUGCCGAGAAUAUUAUUCUGAUUUCCCAAACAAGAGAUAAGAGGCCUUUAAUAACACUUGCUAAGGUCCUACAAAAUAUGGCUAAUGGCUCUGAAAACCUAACUAGAUGGCCUAUAUUGAACAAAAAGUUAGACAUUUUUAAGGACUUUAGCAACCGCAUAUUUGAAUUCUUAUCAAAAAUUUGUACUAUUGACUCCAAACCGAAUAUAGAAAUUAGAAGAGACCCUGAGCCGUAUUAUUUUGAAUUUAAUUUCUUACACAAGUUUUUAUAUGAACACGAGUUGGAAAUUAGAAAAAUGAUUGUGGAGAGCUUAGUCUCUUUAGAUGACUUUGAUUAUGUUCGUAAAACAUUCCUAUUUGUUGAUGAUAUUAUGGGUGUUCUAGGUAGACCAAAAGUUGAAUUAAAGAAUGAGAUACCUCCUUAUAUAGUGGAGCAUAUGGAAGAAAAUCCACAUUUAUACGAGUUUAUGAAUAGGAACGCGUUCAAGAAUGUAUCAUUAGGUGAUGAAUAUGAGCCAUUUAUGCAUGAGUCUAUGUCAUUGGAUGGUUUGCCAAUAAUCACUAUUACAUUUCGUAAGUUUGAAGCAGAGAAUAUUGAGGUCGACGCCAUCGUUUACAGGACUAUACAGGUUUAUUCCAAAAUGUGGAUGACAAAGCAUUAUCUGGUGCUAGAUUGUACCGGCAGUGAUUCUAUAGACAUGAACUACAAUAAAUUAACGUCUUUGUUCUUCAGUCUAUUACCUGAUAUAGCUAUUGAAAACUGUAUUGGUGCUAUCUAUUUCAAUGUUAGCGAGAAUUUCAUGAAUCAAUGGGUUAAUGUUUUGAGAGGUGAUAAUCCCUAUCUCGUUGCACAAGUUCCUCAUCAUUUCAUCAAUAGCAGUUCUGACCAAGAACAAGUAAAAACACUAGGCCUGACGGGAAAAGGCGCUGAUGUGGUACAAGAUACAAGAGUCUCCCUGCAUGAUAUAUCUUUAUACCAUGAAGAUACUAAAAAUCUAGAGAAUGUUUCAUUGAAAAUUGGUAAUAGGUAUAUCCAAAUUCUACAUGAAGCAACCAAACAAUAUAAACUGCACGCACUAAACCAAAUUUUGAAUAUUCCUUUUAAUGAUGUCUAUGAAAUUGUGGAUUUAGCGACAGUUGGUGUUUCUUCAAUUACUGGUCUACCAAACGAAUUCACAAUAAAUUUUAUAAACGGUAAGAGACUGGUUUUAGUUAGUAAAAAAUAUCUUGAAAUUGUUAAAAUGUUCAACUAUGCACAACUUAAAAUCGAAGAUGAGUAUGGUACUGAGAGUCAAAACCGUGAAUUGACUAGCACUCAUGAAGAAUCGUAUGUUAAAGAGAGUCAAGAAAUUAUUUGCCACCUGUCUUUAGUCAUCUUGAAUGGGUUGUUUAACGACGAUAAUGAGGUUAAGAAUAUAUCUUACAAUUUACUAGUUGUAACACAGAAUGCUUUCAACCUAAACUUUGGAAGCAGAUUUCAAAAAGCACCUGAAGUGUAUGUUCCAGAUAAUACUACCACCUUCUUGUCCACUAUUGCUAGAGCUCUAGCAGAAUCUUCACCUGAACUGACGCUACACAUGUGGACUUACUUCCUAGAAGGCUUGGAAAAUGAUGUUAUACCUCAUGAACAUAUACCUACAAUAAUUUGCUGUCUAUCAUACUGGGUGCCUAACCUCUAUAGAUAUGUCUAUUUGGUUGAUGAAGAAGAAGGUGCAAACAAUUUAUCAAAAAUAAUAAGAUCCUUAAUCCAGCUGACUGUAAAAGACCCUGAUUUUACUACAGUUUAUUUACAGCAAAUCUGGUUUUUGCUUGUAUUGGAUGACCGUUUAACAUCGGUAACAGUAGAAGAAUUUGUCACUCAUGCUUUAGACAGAGAUUCUGAAAGUAGAGAUUGGAAAAAGGCUGUAUCCCUAUUGACAGCUUUCCCAACUGUUGAAGUCGCGUGCCAAGUUAUUGGGAAGCUAAUGGAUAUAAUAAAGUCCUUUUUACCAUCAUUAAAAAUGGAGGUGUCUACUCACAGUUGGUCUGAGCUAGAAAUUCUUGUAAGGAUUAGUGUUUCCCUAUUUUUUGAAUCACCUUUAUUAACGCAAAUGUGUCUUCCUGAAGUACUAUUCAUAAUAUCACUUUUAAUUGAUAUUGGUCCCACGCACAUCAGAUACUGUCUACAUGAACUAUUAAUGAAUAUUUGCCAUUCUCUGAUGAUUAAUUCAUCUUUACCAAAAGAAAACUCUGAGAGGCUCGAUGGCAUAUGUGCUGUUUUUGCAAGACAAAAGCUAAAUUUCAUGUCUGGUUUUAGUCAGGAGAAGGGCCGUAUACUUCCAAAUUUCAGUGCUUCUUCAUUCUCGAGCAAAUUUGGAACCCUUGACCAUUUUGUUACGAAUGUUUUCAAACUUAUGGAAUAUGGAUCUACAUCUGAAGCUGCGCAGUGGAAAACUAAAUAUAAGAAGUAUUUGUUGGGUUGUGUAUUCAACCACGAGUCUUUUCUGUCAGCUAGAGCUAUCAUGAUUCUCGGUAUUAUUGGGAAGAUAGAUACCAAUGAAAUUUUGUGCAGAGAUCUUUUAGCCGAAACAAUGAAAAUCUUUGCUGAACCAGUUGUCACUGAUGAACAGCUAUUUGUUGGUAUUUCACACAUCUUUACCUACAGUAAAAUUGUCGCUGGUCUAGAUCCUGCUGGUCAAAUGCUGCCAAGAAUGUUUUGGUUAGCAACAGUUUUUGUUGAAUCACCUCAUCCGAUUUUGUUUGAAGGAGGAUUGCAAUUCUUGAUAAAUUGCCUCAAACAUUUAUACGAGUAUCACUAUAAAAUCAAUAAUACAGAGAAGCUAAUUUCUGAACUUUUAAUAGAGUCGAGGAGCUUUGCAUCAGAAUUACUAGAAGAACUAGAAGGCUAUACUGAUUGCUUGUGGACAAAAGAUAAUUUUGAACAUUUAAUUCUUGGUUUUAUAACCAGGGGAUUAUCUUUAGCUGUCUUAAGAGGUGUCGCUCUCGAUUGCCUGAUGACAGCUUUUAAAUAUUCCUUCAGAGAACAUCAAAUGAUCCCUAGGACUAGUCACCACUUAAACUAUCUGUUUCUGCUAUAUUUGGUCUCCAACCAGGAAACCUUUCUAAAUCUCUUGGACAGCGUAGGCUUCGAGAGUGAUUAUAUUGAACUAGAUGACAAUAUUAAGAUACCCAGAGCUCUAGUGGAAUGGAUCAGUUCAGAUAAUGAAUGUUCAAACAUAACAUUGUAUCAAGGUGCUCUUUUAUUUGCUAGUCCUGCUUCAGAUGAGCCAAGUAAGUUGAGAUUCGAGCUGCUGACAAGGUAUCUUCUAGGUAUCAGCCCCAAAUGUGUUUUCCGUUAUUAUUUUGUUACUAGACAAGAGCUAAGAAGAAUUUCAUCACUUGAGCAACAAUCUGACUCUAGUACCAUUGCUUUUGAAAUAGCUGGUAUGCUGGUAAUGCAUGAUGAUUUCGAUAUUUUGGAUAUAUACAACAAAGAUUCAGUACAGCUUCUGAAAUCAAGAGGUUUAUUCUCUUUGACUAAGGUGAACAUAUUUGGUCGUAGCUUCGAGGAUAUCAUGAACUCGUUACAGGAAAAUUCUGACCAAAUUUACAACCGUAAGAGAUUGACAACCCUAAUUAUCUCUAAAAUCAUUUACCAAUCCCAAUUAACUUUAUAA